UCGAUGAACUGCAGAAGAGGUGCAGAAGUUUUAUAGCUGCCUUCAUCCUUGACCGGAAUUGGGUGGAAUUUUGGACAUCUUCAAACGUGUGUUCAUCUAUUCGUACGACACAAAUACGCAGUUGUCUUGCUUAGAAUCUAUUGCCGAACUUAAGGGGGCAGAGCACGAUGUCAGCAAGCACGCAAGUUGAUCCAAUUAAUGCUGUACACAAGAGGUAGAACGAUAAUCCACUUUUGAUAGGCAGAUGUAAUGUAAACAAACAACAAUACGAAGUAGCGCCCAUCUAAUCGGAGCAAAUGGUUUAAAUAUGUAACCGAUAGCUAGGUGGGUCGAUGGCAUAUUCUAGAUUUUACGCGCCGUAAAACAAUAUCAGCAAACAAAAGUAAUGCAAACUGGCCGGUAAAAACACAGCUCGUGACGUCACUCAACUGGAGUUGGUACACUUAUCUUAUCGAGCACACGACUCUACUACCGCUGCCGGUAGUCCUUGCGGGAGUCCAAUCGUGCCGUAUUGUACUGGUUAACGGCUUAAUCUGAUCCAAGCGUGUGUUUAUCGUUGCCCAAAAUAUGCAGCGUGACGUAGUAUGGGUCGAUUUUCACACGGCACGCUCUUAUUUUACGGGACAUUCCCAGCAAACCCUGUUUGCCUAGCUGGUGACUCCCCGAUAACGAAUAAUUGAAUGUCUAUAAAACGUGCGGAUUAGGGGCCCGCAGGACAACAUUUCCACUGCAACCCGCACAACUGCUAGAAGUGUACAACGAUGAACAAGUUCGCGACCGUUCUGGUGCUGGCCAGCAUCUGCCUGGCGGGCGUUUCGGCCCAGUGCCCGCGCAUCGUGACCCGCGCCCAGUGGGGAGCCCGUGCCGCCAACACCGCCCAGCUGCCGAUCCGUCCGGCCCCGUGGGUCGUGAUGCACCAUACGGCCGGUGCGGCCUGCACGACCGAUGCGGCCUGCGCCCAGCAGAUGCGCAACAUCCAGUCCUUCCACAUGGACGGCAACGGCUGGGCUGACAUUGGCUACAACUUCCUGGUCGGUGAGAACGGUGCGGCGUACGAGGGACGCGGCUGGGGCCGCCAGGGCGCUCACGCUCCCGGCUACAACGAUCGCUCGGUCGGCAUGGGCGUGAUUGGCACGUUCACCAACGGCAUCCCGAAUGCGGCCGCCCGCAACGCUGCCCAGCAGCUGAUCAGCUGUGGUGUGUCGCUCGGCCACAUUGCCUCGAACUACUGGCUGAUCGGACAUCGUCAGGCCGUUGCCACUGCCUGCCCCGGAAAUGCCUUCUUCAACGAGAUCCGAAACUGGCCGCGCUUCAACCCGAACGUGUAAAAGUUGUGUUUAUUGAAGACUGUGUUGGUUGUUCAAUAUAGAAUGGAAUAAGUGCAUUCA